AUGCAUAUCGAAAAUGUCGAAGAAUUCACCUCUUGGCUCAUUGCCGAACUGACCCCUGUUUGCGAUGCUGAGCCCGGUACACUUGCAAAGUAUGUUCUUGCUUUGCUACGUAAGCCGAACAAGUCCGAUGAAGAGAUGCGUGCAUUUAGCAGUAGCCAGCUGGAGAUUACUGAGCUUCUAUGUUCUUCUUCAUGUUUGCCGCAAUUCGAUUUCAUAGGUAGAAUAGAACACUCUGACUUUCAAUCUCGAUUUUUUUUUACUAGUGAUUUUUUUAUUCAGCGAGAUGUUCGUGAUGUUAUCCGAGAUGGCAGAGAACCAUUGAGGGAACCGAGGCGUCGUUCUCGCUCUAGAUCUCCUCGUGACCGCAGGGGAAGACUAGGAGCACGGCGUUCUCCGAACGAUCGUUUCAGAGGAGACAGAAGAAGAACCAGGUUUAAGGGAUACUGCAUGCAAGGAGAUCAUUGUGUAUUCGAUCACGGCCCCGAUCCUGUGGUUGUUGACGACUCUGCACUUGAGAAAAUGGUCAAAAUCCCCGAAAAGCCAGCUUCACAUAACUUCACGAUUCCACCUCCAGGCUACCACCCUCCCAAUCCACCCCCACCAGGCGUCGAGCCUAUUUUUACAGGGCCUCCACCUGGUCCAAGGCCUGUUGAAGAAAAUGCCCCUUUUGUUUCCUCCCCAAAAGCCUUAUAUCUAUUGACUGUUCAGGUGAAAAAGAUCCCACCAGAGUUCAACAACAUCGCAAAAUUGAACGAGCACUUUGCUACAUUCGGAAGUAUCGUCAACAUGCAGGUGCGUUUCAAUGGGGAGCCCGACUCGGCUCUGAUUUCUUAUGCAUCCCGUCAUGAGGCAAUGGCUGCGUAUAAGUCACCUCAACCAGUUCUGAACAACCGCUUCAUCAAAGUGUUUUUCUACAACCCGGAUGCUGUUGCUGGAUCAACUGCUGGACAGGAUGUAAGAGUUUUUGUGACUUAUGGAUUAUGCGUGAGGUUCUUUCUUUUAUUUUGA